UAGCGCUCAUAUCGACACGGUUCGCAGCCACCUUCACAUUGGUCGGCUUCAUUUCGCUCUCGCAACAUGGGCUUGGCAAAUUAACUAACGGAAAGCUAAGCAGAAAAAUCGACGAGUACGGCCGCCGUGUGCCCUUCACCCUUCACCCAUCGCGGGCUCAUCGCCAACAAUGACGACGAGCAUGACGCAACGAGUCCAGCAGCUGUGCUCCUGCCGCAUCAAGCUCUACGCGCAUCAGAAGAAGAGGACGAAGGAUCUUUGCAAGCGGAAGCGGCAGGCCUUCGUGUACAACGCGGAGGAGGAGAUUUGGCACGAGCCGUAUAUGCAGUCCCUCCGGAGGGAAUUCUCGGACGAGUCGAUCCUGUGCGACUCUAAAAUCGAGUUACCGUGGAGGGACAUCGCUCUGCCGGUGGCUGGCAUGAGGAUUCGUCCGGAGGUGACCUUGACGGCCGAGCGGAAGGCGGAAGAGGCCGAGGACGUCGACGACGAGGCCGGCGAGGUCGAGAGGAAAGACUCCACGGGCCCUAUGCCGUUACCUUGGCAAGAGCUACUCAUCAGCGAGACCCUGGAAGUCGCGCGCGUUCCCGGCGACUUGGAAAGCUGCGACUGCUCCGUGGAGAUCCCCUGGGGCGAUCUAAUUUUGGAGAAGCCGAUGGAGAUACAGCCGCCACGGGAGGAAAAAGAGGCCUGCGCACCCGACGACGUCGAGAUCCCCUGGGACGAGAUCCUGGUGCCGCGCAAUAUCGUCAUCGAGCCUGAGAAAAAGACGAAGCAUCCUUCCUCGGAGCAGCCGCCUCGCGCGCGCGUCCUUUGCUGCACGAGUCCUCGCUGCGCGAGGACGCGCGUCAACAAUGCGACUGUGUCGUGUCCGCUUGCACGUAGACUACAUACGUAAACACCUGCGUAUACGAGAGGCGCGCUUUCUCCGCUUUCGAAUUGACGUGCGCGCGCGACUCGCGAGUGGCUAAUCUCCUCGGAUCGAACAUUUUUGUACAUCUCGCCGCGCAGACGCGUUUCAAAACGAACGAGCCAGCCGGAUGGCCAGCCUAUCGGUGUCUCGUGACACGGCAGAUUGGCGGAAUAAAGA